AUGCCCCCCGACGACUCGCCUGCCCCCGAAAUGGCCAGCACCCCUGAGGCCCAAACUCAGCCCGAAACAAUCGAUCUCACGGAUCAGCCCACGCCCAAGAAACGCAGAGGCGAUGGCCAAGAAGUCUCCCAGCCCAUAGUCCCCAGUGGCCAGAAGCCGAUCGAAACAACGAUCGAGGAGCUCUACGGAGACUCCGAAAUGUACCCCAACCCUCCCGAUGUCGAGGCCGAGAAGAACUGGGCCAUCGAAAUUGCAGCCAAGGAAGAAAGGGGCGAAGCCUGUGAGGCCGACUACAUGUCACUCACCUUCGACGAGAUCACUUACCGUCGAUUCCGCUUGGUCUUUGCACUCCGAGGCCACAGGGUCCGCUGCUCACGCUGUGCAGACAGGAAGCAGGCCUCAUGGCACCUCGACCAAGACGACCACGACAUCGUGUGCAAGAACAACAUGAUGAGCCCUGACAACCCGGCCAAGAUUAAGGAGUGCGGCCAUGUCAAGACUGGACAACGGGGCAAGCAGGGAAGUGCGCAAGAGUCCUAA